CGGCGACCUGAAUCACACGAGCAUGACUUUCACACGUCCUUUUAUUUUGACUGACAGAGUUGCACGACGCGCGGUGUGAGACCCGCUGAUCAUUCGUCAAAGCUUCGGGGAACAACGUUCACCUAGACAUAACAAACGGCCCUCGACUGCGGUGCCUGCAUCUUCGCCAUCCCGGCCAACUUAUUCCUUUCUGACUGUAGAAUUAAGCGUGCAUCCAUUCUCUUAAUACAUUGCUAUCGAGAAGCGAAGCGUGAUGCCUUCGGCGGCGCCGGUACCGCCGCCGCAACACCGCAACCCUCAAACGAAUCCUACGACGGAAAUCAAUGUCGCGGCUGCUGGAACAACAGCCUCGGGCAAAUCACCACCGCAAAGCGCUCAGCAACCGCAAAAAGAAUGGACCGAGGACGACUACGUCCUUGCGCUCGCCUUCCUCGAGCAAGUUCAGGACGUCGUCUCCUCGCUGCGGACGGCCCUACCGCAGAUCGCCCACGUCAUGAGGCGAAAGCACGAGCGGCCGCGCGACCUAUACCUCGACUUUUCGAAGCAGACCAUGGGCGGGGCUAGGAAGCUUGCGGAUCUGAAAAAGAUGUGGGAGGGGAGGCGGAUGAGCGAGGUGAGAGCCAAGGUCGAGUCGAGUGUGAAAGAGCACGGGCGCGGCGUCGACGGGGUGGGCGAGGAGUUCAAGGACGGCGUCAGACAGGCCUUGGCACAGAUGCCGCGAUUCGGGUGGUUGGAAGAAGGGGAGAGGCUGAGAAAGGAAAAGGGCGUGGACCAGGAGGAGAGGGCGGAAUCCAGCAACGCGGCGGGUGGUGACGAGGCCGUGGAAAGCGUGGUCGAGAGCUUCCGGAAGAGGCACGAUGGCGCCGUCACCGUCGCCUUCGAUCGGGAGUCGAAAGUCGUCGCGGUUGACCUUGCGCCCUCGGACGACGGCAUGCCGCUGCACUUUGACGUCCUGCCGUCCGCGGGGAAUGGCGACAAGAUCGCGUACCAAGUGUCCGGCCCGCGCAUACCGGACGUCGCAACCAAGGGCGAGCAGAAGCUGUUUCAAGCCAUCCAGCGUUGCGUUGCGCUGCGCCCGAAGCAGAACAGCCUGGACCACACGCUCUCCAUCCUUGCGGCAUACAGGGACUUGACGACGCCGUGCAGCGCGUGCCAGAAGCUCGUUGACGGCGAGAUGCUGUUGCCUGCCGCAAGACAGCUUGUCGACGGCAAACGUGUCAAGGCUGAAAUCGGUAGCGAGACGUCCAGCUGGGUUGCUUUGCACGAGAGCUGCUUGAAAGCAGGCAGCUGAGCGCGCACAGGCGUCAAAGUGUCCUGUUGACGGACUGUAAAAGACGUCCUGUCUCUUCCUUUUUCAAGCUACGAAUGCAAUCUGCCUUGGCCCGCUUCCAUGCCGCGCAGGAGCAGUUUCUUCCAUCUGACACAGCACUUGCGGUUGACGGCGACAGGUCAGCGUGAAAGCACGGCGGCCUGAUUUCAAGGGUAUGGCAAACAUCCUUCUCCUAACAAGUACAAGAUAUCCUCCACAGCCAGGCAUGGCUUUGGUAUUGUUUUACACAUCGCAACUACGAAUGCGUUCGCUUUGUGCGAGGCGCACUUGUCCAUCGUGGCCACGAUGGUUCACCAUUGGGCUCUGUUUGUGUCGCCUACACUCUAGCUAACAAUGCGCAUUGCUCGUAGGGCUCUGGUUGCUUGCUUGCUUGCUUCUACCUUGGGAGAUUCAUCAAACCGCGCACAAAUGGCUUGUUUGAUGUUGACACGGCGAUCUGUAAGGCGGGUGCGCAUGUACAGCCUUAUUUGUGUUUGUUCCCGUUAGAAAGACAAAUACAGAGGUAGAUUUUGAAAGUGACGAUAAUGACAACGACAAUGACGAUAUAAA